UUUCCGGAUUGGAAGAAAGGUGGCGGCGCUUUGGGCGGAAUAGAAUGGAAGGAGAAUCCAGCAGACUGGAAAUUCACACUCCAGUUUUUGACAAGAAAAAGAAAAAGUACUCUGUAUAUAAGGAAGGACAUUUGAGUCAUCCCCAUGAAAGUGUCAGAGACUCCCCCCUGGCAAGCGAGCCAUCUCACAUAACCAAGAGUAAGAAAAAAAGAAAGGAUUGCCAGCAUCUUCUUCCUUCCCCUUUGAAAAAAUCAGAAAUUGGUGGUGAGACGAAAAAGGCCACUUCUGUACCCAAAAAGAAUAAAAAGAAAAAACAUAGGGCUUCAGAGAUGGAUGAGGAAACAGGUGUGGUGUAUGUCUUGGUGGAUAAAGAAAAUAUCGAGAACACACCAAAGAAUUUUAGGAGGGAUGUCGAUGUCGUGUAUGUUGACAUGAGCCAGGAACAGAAGCCAGCAAAAGAGCCUGAAGCAGACGAACUGCAUUCAGUUCCUAAGUCACAUAAAAACGAGUCAGAAGAGCUGCAUCAUAAAGUUAGGGAGACAAAGAGUAGAAAACAUCGGAGGAAAGUGGCCUCCUGGGAUGCUGAGCAGGAGAGCCUGCGUGCAAGCCUCGCUCUGCCCAAGUCGGAACCACACAAGCAGGAAACCCUGCUUCCUGCGGGCCCAGGAGGUGGAAUCCCACAACUACCAGCAUCGGCCAAUAAAAAAAAGUCUAAGAAAAAAAAGAGAAAAAUUGCACAUCAUCAGGAACCUGAGGCAUUGCCUGGGCCUGAGAGUCUAGAGAGCGUGUACUCCGAAGGAUGGCAAGGGGUUGGUGAGGUCGGGCCUGCAGAAGGCAGUAAGGAAGCCGGUCGUGUAAAGAAAAAGUCUAAGAAAAGGAAGCGAAGGUCUUCUCUUGAAAGUCCCGUAGCUCCUGGGGGUGAUUUUUCAGUGCCCGCAGAGAGAUUUGAGGACACACACCCUGAUUCACUGGAAGGUAAUGGUGCCCUGAUUGAAGAAAGAGCAAAACCCAGGCCACAGGAGGAGAAAACCCAGGCCUGUUUGGAAGAGGUGCAGAGGUUAGAACCUACAAACGAAGAGGAAAGACAUUUGGAAUUGGCCAGCGAUUCUGAAACAAGAUAUUUAUCGGAAGACUCCAGAGAUUCGGGUGACUCAGAUGUGGAUUUAGACUCGGCUGUGAGGCAGCUCCAAGAGUUCAUUCCGGACAUCAAGGAAAGGGCUGCCACCACAAUCAAGCGGAUGUACCGGGAUGACUUGGGGCGGUUUAAGGAAUUUAAAGCACAGGGUGUCGCUAUUAGAUUUGGCAAGUUUUCUGUAAAGGAAAACAAGCAGUUAGAGAAAAACGUGCAAGAAUUUCUAUCCCUGACAGGAAUUGAGAGUGCAGACAAACUGCUGUACACAGACAGAUACCCAGAGGAGAAAUCUGUGAUCACCGACUUAAAAAGAAAAUAUGCAUUUAGAUUGCACAUUGGAAAGGGCAUUGCCCGGCCCUGGAAACUCGUCUACUAUCGAGCAAAGAAGAUGUUUGAUGUCAACAAUUAUAAAGGCAGGUAUAGCAAAGGAGACAUGGAGAAGUUAAAGAUCUACCAUUCCCUGCAUGGGAACGACUGGAAAAAGAUUGGCGAGAUGGUGGCUCGAAGCAGCCUCUCCGUUGCCUUGAAGUUCUCCCAGAUCAGCAGUCCAAGAAAUCAUGGUGCUUGGAGUAAGACGGAAACCCAGAAACUAAUCAAGGCCGUUGAAGAAGUGAUUCUAAAGAAAAUGUCUCCCCAUGAGUUAAAAGAGGUGGAUUCUAAACUCCAAGAAAACCCUGAAGGCUGCCUGUCUAUUGUGAGGGAAAAACUCUACAAGGGCAUAUCUUGGGUAGAAGUAGAAGCCAAAGUAGAAACCAGAAAUUGGAUGCAGUGUAAAAGUAAGUGUGAUGUUCCUCCGUCUUAUGUUCAAACUAAAUUUUAUAAGCUGAAAGCUACCUGUGUUCCCUUUUGGCAGAAGAAGACUUUUCCAGAGAUUAUAGACUACCUUUACGAGACCACCCUGCCUCUGCUUAAGGAAAAGUUAGAGAAGAAGGUGGAGAAAACAGGCACCGAAAUCCAGAGUCCCGCGACCCCCAGGCAGGCCUUCCGGUUCAGAGACAUCUUCUAUCAUGACGACAGUGAGGGAGAAGGCGGGGAGAAGAGGUAG